GAUACAAAUUAUAACAAUGCAGACUGAAUACAAUGCAUCAACUUAUGAGCAAUACUAUUUUUAAGCUAUUAGUCGUGCAUCAGCUUAUCGACUGCUAUCGCCCUUAGCGCUCCACACCCCGGCCUGUAUCCCACUCAAUUGCCCAAUUCACCUGCUCGCGAUGUCAGAGGUUAUCGUCAAGGCCGCCGAGGGUGUCUCCUUCUUUACUCCAGCCCAGGAGCCGCCCGUCGGCACCUGCCUUGCCCCCGCAGAGGGUAAGGAGGUCCCCACAGCCUUCCAGCCUCUGACCAUCCGCGGCGUCACCUUCCAGAACCGCAUCUGGGUCUCGCCCAUGUGCCAGUACUCGUAUGACGACGGUUUUCUUACCGACUGGGCCGUCGUGCACUACGGUUCGUUUGCCGCCCGCGGUGCCUCGCUCACGAUGAUCGAGGCCACCGCCGUGCUUGACAAUGGUGGGAUUACUCCCGGCGACUCUGGGCUGUGGAAGGACGAGCAGAUCGAGCCUCUGAAGCGGAUCGUCGACUUUGUCCACUCGCAGGGCCAGAAGAUUGGCAUCCAGCUUGCGCAUGCCGGCCGCAAAGGCUCGACUAUGCCGCGCUGGACUGGUGUCAGAUACGCCCACGCUGGUGCCCAGAGGGGCUUCCCUGAUCGCGUCGUGGCCCCGUCAGCAAUUUCGUUUGCUGACACCUUUGUUCCUCCCCGUGAGCUCACGACGGCCGAGGUUGAGGAGUACAUCGAGGCGUUCAAGAAGGCUGCCGAGCGUGCUGUCAAGGCCGGCGUUGAUGUUGUCGAGAUCCACGGCGCGCAUGGAUACCUUCUCAACCAGUUCUUGUCGCCCGUCAGCAACAAGCGUACUGACGAGUAUGGCGGCUCGUUCGAGAACCGCAUCCGCUUCCCCGUCGAGAUCGUCAAGGCUGUGAAGUCAGUCCUGCCUGAGAACAUCCUUCUCUUCUUCCGCACCUCUGCCACCGACAAUCUGGAGCACAUCGAGCCCCUCGGCGUCGACUUGCUCGACGUCUCCACCGGCGGCAAUGACCCUCGCCAACUCCUCGUCGGCGGUCCUGCUUACCAGGCCAAGCAUGCGUAUAAAGUCAAAGAGGAGUGCCCCAAGAUCUUUGUCGCGCCCGUCGGUGCUGUCCAUGAGCCUGAUGUCAUUGAGACCGUGCUUGAGAAGGCUGAUGCGUUCUUCGUCGCUCGCCCGUUCUCGUGGGAUCCUAGCUUUGUCUUGACGCUUGCGAAGAAGUACGGGAUCACGGUUAAGUGGCCUGUUCAGUAUGGCUACUACACGUCGCACGCUCACUAGGUCGGCUGAACCUAUUGAUGAAUAAUUCCUGUUUGAUGUGGCUUAUUUGAUUACCGAAUAUAUAGCAUACAGCACUUUGCAAACGUCGAAGAACUAAAAA